AUGUCCGAAGUCCAUGGUGAUGCCGAGCCCGUUGUGACGAGGCUUGGACAAAUGGAUUAUCCUCUGGCGUUGAAUCCAAGACAGGUCACACUCAGAGAUCGUGUGACUGUCGCAACGCUUCUGCCGUUCGCCUCGGCGGACGAUGUUCCUCGACCAUUACUGAAAUAUCUCUCUGAUCAAUUCAACAAAGAAAUUGAGAAGGGAGAUACAUAUGCCAUGACGGAACCGAUUCCUUUGGCGCAGUUUGGACGAUACUGGUUCUCCAACUUUGGUGUUGUGAUGCUGCUGGGUGAUAUCCAGAAUGUUCAGCAAACCCAUACGAUGGACCGCGCCGGCGCAAAUUGGACCAAGAUCUGUCUAGGUGGCUUCCAUAUCCGACCUAACUACCCUGGCCGCAGCAGCCACGUCUGUAACGGAACCUUCAUAGUCACAGACGCCGCUCGAAAUAAAGGUGUAGGUCGGCUGAUGGGAGAAGCAUAUCUCGAAUGGGCGCCUCGCUUGGGGUACACAUAUGCGGUUUUCAACCUGGUUUACGAGACUAACGUGGCCUCAUGCCGACUCUGGGAUUCGUUAGGGUUCAAGCGCAUUGGUCGAGUCCCCGGCGGAGGUCAGCUUAAGUCUCAACCUGGAGAAUUCGUCGAUGCCAUUAUCUAUGGCCGUGGCCUGAGUCUGGAUGGCGAGGACUCUGUCUCACAGGAUCGGUUCGAAAAGAUCAGAUACUAUCUGAAGCACUCGAAAUACCCCAGGGGAGCGGACCGAGCUGAGAAGAGCCGACUUCGCAGUGCUGCCACCCACUACAAGCUACUUGGCGGCGACGACGGCGAACCCGAGAAACUGAUGUUGAAAGACAAAGAAGUUGUCUCUGAUCCACAACAGCAGUAUGAGAUUGCCAAAGAAGUCCAUAUGAAACAGCAUGCGGGGAUCAACAAGACGACGGCCGCCAUCGCAGUAAAGUUUCAUUGGGUGCGAAUCAAGGAGACAGUGAACCGAGUGAUUCGAGACUGUCCACAGUGCAAGGAGACUCUCAAAGCACCACCGAACUCAGACGCCAAGGAUGACGACCGGUCUGCGUCUGCCGAAAAUGCGGAAAUGGACAUGGAGGACCUUAACGACCACGGACAACCAGAGCCCUCUGAUGUGCAUUCUGAAAUUCAAAACGACAUAACACAAGCCAUGGACGAAGCACCGGACGACUCUUCAAGUAAUGAUCCAUUCAUCCACGCAUCCGUCCCUGCAAAUAUUCCGCAAACUGUGCACCCUAUGACAGGCUUCAGUCCCAUGCCACUGGAUCCCCAGAUAAUGCAGCUGCAGCAACAGCUGCGUCGAUAUCAGCAUCAAAAUGCCAUGGCGGGCGCUUUUGCACCCGGACCCCAACACAUGAACAUGUCAAAUUUCGACGAUGCUAUGCGCUUUCAUACUGCCAGUAAUGCUUAUCAGAUGAUGGUCGACGAUGGCUCUGAUCCUUUCCGGCAAGAAGUACUUGGUAUGAUGAAUCAUUCAUCUCAUCAAGACUUGCAACAUGACGCCGAGUUGCUCUCAAAGUAUGAAUACGGUAACCCUUCUGAUGCGAACUACGACUUUACCUGA